CGCCUCCGUCAACGGUAACCCGGAAGGGUCAAUCCACGGGCCACUGGCUGUUUCGCAGAGUGAAUGCCCUAGUGUGGCCGGUGACCCCAGCCGGGGAGGGGACUUGCGGUGUCGGGACCCAGCCCCAAGCCCUCUCCCACGAAUUUGAGGGCCGCAGGACCCUCGGGAAGCCGCGAGGGACUCUCAGGGUCAUUUUAAGGUCAGAUUCGCUUUGUCCCACAGCUGGCUCCCAGCAGAAAUGGCAGCCCCCUCCAUGAAGGAGAGGCAGGUCUGCUGGGGAGCCCGCGACGACUACUGGCAGUGCUUGGACGAGAACGCCGGGAACGCAUCCCGCUGCCAGCAGCUGAGGAGGUCCUUCGAGUCCAGCUGUCCUCAGCAAUGGAUAAAAUAUUUUGAUAAAAGAAGAGACUACUUAAAAUUCAAGGAAAAAUUUGAAGCAGGAAAAAUCCAGCCUUCACAGUCACCUGCAAGUUCUUAGGCUGUUCUUGAACUUUUUGCAAAGGCUGAAAUUCCUUCUGGACAUUCAGAAUGCUCUGUUAGUUCUGGGACAAAAAUCGUGAAGUCACGAUGCACACUGAUACUUGCUCCCUGUGUACAACAGUUAAUAAGUAAAAUGACCAAGUAAAGAAGAUCUUCAAACUAUGAAGAACUGAAAAAUGUUAUGAAUAUGUUCAGUUUUAAUAAGAAAUGUUUUAAGAAAAAAAUUAAAAUCCUAGUAUAAAAACAUGUUUUUUCGUUUUGGCACUAGAAGCUGAGUCAGGCAAAUAUUAUUUACAGUAGAUGUAGAUAAAAACUGAAAUAAGCAAGUUGUAAUGUGUUCCAUUUUCACACAAUCUACAAAACGAGGUUGGAAGAAGACUGAAAUAUUCAGGUAAAAUAAUAGAAAACUAUUAAAGACCCACUGAUAAUAUCAUACUGCAGAGUAAGAAAAUGACUGGAUUCCAGCUAGUACACUAAUGCAAAAAAAGUAAGCAAAUAGAUUGGGAAGGAAGAAAUAAAACU